AUGGUUAAAGCAGUUGCUACCGUCCGAGGUGACUCCAAGAUCUCCGGUACCGUUACCUUUGAGCAAUCCGAAGAGAACUCUCCAACUACCAUCACAUGGAACAUCACCGGAAACGAUGCCAAUGCUGAGCGUGGCAUGCACGUUCAUCAAUUCGGUGACAACACCAACGGCUGCACAUCUGCCGUCAACCCCCACGGUCAGACCCACGGUGCUCCCACCGACGAGGUUCGCCAUGUAGGUGAUCUUGGAAACUUCAAGACUGAUGCCCAAGGAAAUGCUACUGGUUCCGUUCAAGACAGUCACAUUAAGUUGAUUGGUCCAUUGAGCGUCAUUGGCCGUACCGUUGUUGUCCACUCCGGAACCGAUGAUCUCGGUAAGGGAGAGAACGAAGAGUCCAAGAAGACUGGUAACGCCGGAACCAGACCAGCUUGUGGUGUCAUUGGUAUUGCUGCAUAA